CCAGAGAACCGUGGUAGUAGAGAGUCCAGAGACCGAAGUCCACCAACGACUGUGGCAUCACGAGAGGCUGCGCGAGAGAAGAACGCUUGACAGCCCAAGGACGAAGUAGCCGGCCGAGGAGGAGGGCGAAGCUGAGAAGAGCGGCGAUGGCUCGAUCACUCUUUCCUGUGGUGGCCGCCAUGGCGGCCGUGGUCGUCGUUUCACUUCUGAGCGCGGCCGUCCCUGCAAGCGCCAAGCCGCCGAAGCUGACGAUCGAAUCGGUCACGUACCUGGGCUCCGGCUGCAACUGGCAGAACACCAACUACGUCUUGUCCAACGACUACUCGACGGUCACUUUCAUCUUCGGCGAUAUGAUUGCCACCACGGACGGAGGGCUGGCCAACAGGAGGAGGAACUGCCAGGUGUCGCUCGGGUUGAAGUACCCCAAGCGCUGGAGUCUGUCGCUGGGAAGCGUGACUGGCCGCGGCUACGGCAAGCUCGAUAACGGCGUCGAGGGCACCUAUCAGACCAGCUACUACUUCUCCGGACAGACGGGGACCUCUUACGUCAAGCGCACUCUCAACGGCCCACUGGAGCUCAACUACGAAUACACCGACGCCUUCGCCCUGCUCGUGUGGAGCCAGUGCAACAGCCUGCCGAACCUCAACAUCAACUCCGAGGUGAGAGUCGACGGCCCGGCGGGUCGCAACGGCAUCAUGACGCUGGAUUCCACGGACAAGAAGUUCAAGCUCAUCUACUUUCUCAACUGGAGCACGUGCUAAUGAUGACAGGCUGAUCUGCAUCCAGCGAAUCACAACCACUCUGUCAAGACGUCCUCGGGGACGGCGGUUUAAAUAGAUAGGCGCAGAGAUGUCAAUCCUUGCACCCCUCAGCAGGUCCUGUUACUUGAUACCAAACUGCGUCCACCGUUCUCUAGUGACUGCAGUUCCCAAAAACGCCUCCAGUGUUGUCAGCUGAUGUCCGGCCACCUCAUACAGCUUAACCCUUGUGUGUAACCCACCUUAGCAGACGGCACAUCCCCUGUUUUUUCAUCCCAACUGGAUUUAACUGAUACUUUGUUUGUCAACUGUGAACUGUCACAUUUGUGUGGCAGUCAGCAACAUGCACUUGUAAUGGGCCUCAUGUUAGGUUGGAAAAAGUUCUAAGAUUUUUCCACAAGAACACCUAGGUACCUUAAGGCUCGACUACACUGCGAUUUCACUUGUUUUCCAUGCUCGAUGCACCACCCACCGCUCAACAAUUCUUGCUUACCAAUAUGGCAAUAUGGUGCAGACCAGAACCCAGAACGGACCCCUCACAGCUGUAGUAAGGAUAGCACAGCGGAGGACUGAAAUACCAAUAAUCAGACCCAAUCAAUGUGUUGACACGGA